AUGUCUGUCCAGCAGCAGUCGCCGACCAUGGCGGCAUACCCUGACCAUGACCUGUCGCAGUUUCCUGCGUCUCUCAAGGACAAGCGCAUCCUGCUCUGCACCGAGUCGUUCGGUCCCGUUAACGGUGUGAGUCGGACGACGCUGAUGCUGGUCAACCAUCUUCGCGCAAAUGGCGCCCAGGUCGCCGUCGUCGCUCCUCACAACCACACAAAGCACAACACCUUCACGCCGCCGCCGUCGCCUUCGCUGUCUCCUGCCGACAAGCCUCAGCCCGAGGUUCGCGUUACGGGCUAUCCUCUCCCCUUCAACCCAGAGCUCUCCAUCGUCUACCCGGUACGCAACUCAUCUCUCUACUCGCGCACCUUCGGUCUGGAUGCGCCACCCGACAUCAUCUACCUGGCCUCACCCGCCAGUCUGGGCUUCCAGGUUAUGCUGCAGCUCCGCCAGCAACCUGCCGACAAGCAGAUUCCCAUCAUUUGCAACUUCCAGACCGAUCUCGCCGGCUACUGUUCCAUCCUGUUCCCCGCGCCGUUGAGCCAUAUCGCAGUCUACACCUUCGCUGCUGUCCAGAGCUACCUUUUCAGGCACUCUUCCAUCAAGACCAUCUUCUACCCAUCCAAGUUCGUACAGCGCUACUUGGCAAGCCAGAAUGUCCAGGAGGAGAAGAUGGAGUUGUUGACCCGCGGGGUCAACACCGAGAUGUUCAACCCCGGUCGAAGAAGCGAGCAGUUGAGGAGGGAAAUUGCCCCCAACGGCGAAAUCAUCUUCGUCACCGUCUCCCGCAUCGCUGGUGAGAAGGGCUUUGACUUCCUCGCCAAGACAGCCAAGGAGCUCGACACUCGCGGCGUUCCCUACAAGUUCCUCAUCGUGGGUGGUAACCGAAACCCAGACAUGGAGAAGGAGGUCCAGGACCUUUUUGAACCGCUCAAGGAGCAAGGCAAGGUCAUCUUCACAGGAUUCAAGGUUGGUGAGGAGCUCGCCACCUACUACGCCAGCGGCGACGUUUUCCUGCACUGCUCCAUCACCGAGACAUUCGGCUUGGUCGUCCUGGAGUCCAUGUCCAGCGGCGUCCCUGUCGUCGCACGCGAUGAGGGCGGUCCUUCCGACAUCGUCAACCACGGCGAGACCGGAUACCUGGUCCCGCCUCAGGACCUCGAUGGCUUCGUCGCCAAGGCCCUCAAGCUUGCCACUGACCACCAGCUCCGAGCGCGCAUGGCCAUCUCUGCUCGCGCCGCCGCCUGCGAAGCCACAUGGGACAAGAUCAACAACAAGGUCGCCUGGCGCAUGGCCGACACUAUCGCUGAGCGGGAAAGGGAGCUGGGCAAGCUCCAGGAGCAGCCCGCCACCUCGAGCAACACCCUUGCUGCAUCUGCGCAGAGCCUGGUCCCUGUCUAUGGCUGGAUGAUGAUGAAUGACGCUUUUCGCGAAGAGAUCACCCGGCGAGUUGUGGAUGCGCGUCUGAUGGGCGGUCUUGGCGUCAUCCUCAGCUUCUGGGCCGUCACCGGCGUGUACAUGGUCUUCACCGAGGUGCUGCUGUGGGCCAAGGGCAAGAUGAGAGCUGGUGAGAAGAAGACCGUUUAA